AUGUCGGUGACAAACUCAAGACUCAGGGAUAACUCAUUGGCACUUUCCCUUUUAAAAGUGUACAGGUCCAACAGGUCACUUCUUUUAAACACAUCCUACAUCAUUCUAAUAACCGCCGCUUUCUCCGGUGCAGCAAGUACAGGAUCAUCAUCAUCAUCAUCAUCAUCAUCAGAAAAGAGCAACGACAAAUCGCAACAACAGCAACAAGUUGAUGGAUCGUCAUCACUGAACAAAAAAUCGGCACAUCCAAAGCUUUCUCGACAAGCGUUUGAUCGGUUGUUUCAUGCAAUUAUACCAACAUUUCAUGAUAAAACAGUGGGUUAUUUUAUUGCUCAUUUGGUGUUGCUAGUAACUCGUGCGUUUUUGACAUUGAGAGUAGCUACUUUGGAUGGUCAGUUGGUGGGCGCCUUGGUAUCGAAAAGGUUAAAAGUGUUUAGUAGAUACCUUUUGGCAUGGAUGUUGAUUGGAAUUCCAGCAUCGUUAAACAAUGCAUUGUUAUCAUGGACAAAACAAAAUAUGAGAAAAGCCAUCCGAGAAAAUUUAAACAAUUCAAUUUUGAAGGAUUAUUUACCAGAUAACUUGGAUACCAAUUAUUACUCAUUGAUGCAUUUGAGUGGCAAUAAAAUCACUGAUCCAAAUCAAAGAAUCACUACUGAUGUGUCAAGAUUGGCAUCUGCAUUGAGUAGUUUACCAGGGCAACUAUUGAAACCAACAUUGGACUUGGUGUUGUGUGCACGUCAAUUGAGUAAGAGUGGUGUUGGAAACGGUGAAGGUACCCUUGCGUUGGGAAUAUUGGCUCAUUUCUCGACUAUGAUUAUUCGAUUCUUUUCACCCCCAUUUGCCAAGUUGGCUAGUGAACGUGCUAAUUUAGAAGGGAAAUUAAGGUCUGCUCAUUCCAAGAUUGUUUCCAAUAAUGAGGAAAUUGCAUUUUUGCGUGGUCAUUAUCGUGAAUUGGAUUACAUUGAUUAUUGCUACUACACAUUGGAGAGAUUUUCCAAACAAGAAUAUUGGAAAAAGGGUAUCCAUGAAAUCGCUCAAACAUUUAUUGUGAAGUACUUUUGGGGUGCUGCUGGGUUGGUUUUAUGUUCAUCGCCUAUAUUCAUUGCCAAGUACCUUGGGGAGGAAGAUGACAACAAUGCCGCUGGUAAAUUCAUCACCAAUAGAAGGUUAUUGCUUAGUGCUUCUGACUCAUUAGAUCGAUUAAUCUAUGCCAGGAGGUAUUUGUUACAAAUUGUUGGUCACGCGACUAGAGUAUCUGAUUUCCAAGAUACAUUGGCCGAUGUGGCGCUGAGAAGGAAAGAUAUUACGUCAAAUGUCAAAUACAACAAUGAUGCGAUUAUCUUUGACAAAGUGAGGUUGUUAACACCAGCAGAUGUCACACUUAUUGAAAGCUUGAGUUUUUCCAUCAAACUGGGUGAUCACUUGUUAAUUGCUGGUCCUAAUGGAUCUGGAAAAUCGUCAUUGUUUAGAAUGCUUGGUGGAUUAUGGCCAGUAAAAGAAGGUACAAUCACCAUCCCCACCGCUGAAAACAUGUUUUAUAUCCCACAAAGAGCUUAUUUAUUACAAGGCACAUUGAAAGAGCAAAUCAUUUACCCGCAUCCACUUAAUAAACAAACAAAAUCUGACAAAGAAUUGCAAUCGAUAUUGAGAAUAUUGAAACUAGAUGAUUUUGUUGAUCAGUUGAACGAAGUAAAGAACUGGGAUGAGGAAUUGUCCACGGGUGCACAGCAACGAUUGGCCAUGGCGAGAUUGUACUACCACGAACCUAAGUUUGCCGUGUUGGAUGAAUGUACAUCAGCAGUAAGUCCCGAUAUGGAACAGUUUAUGUAUGAGCACGCACAAAGCUUGGGUAUAACAUUGUUGUCAGUUGCACAUCGUCCAGCUUUGUGGCAUUUCCACAAAUACUUGUUGAAAUUCGAUGGUAAAGGUGGCUAUUAUUUUGGUAAAUUGGAUGCUGAAAGGAGAUUGAAAUUGGAGAAGGAAAGAGUGGCUUUGGAAAAAGUGUUGCGUGAUAUACCCAUGUUGAAAGAAAGAUUAGCUGAGUUGAAGAAUGUAUCCAAGUUGCAACAUCAAAGAUAUGAGAAAAAGGCUGUUAGAUCGGGUUAG